UAUAACACUUGCCUGAUAGAUACUCCUCACGGCUGCUAUAGCGCGAGAUCCCGCGACAUCACAACAUAUAUUGCCAGAAGAGACUACCAAGCAGGAAGCGAGAGAACAGCAGAAUAGAUCAAGAAAAUGGCAGAGUCAGAGGUGAGCAUCGAACGCGACAAUGAGUGGCUCAAUUUCGAAGGUCGACCGUACCUAUUUGAGCCUGAAUACACAGACGAGGAGCUACAAAUAAUGGAGGAGAAUCGGAGAGCUGCAGAAGAGGCUGCGGAGAUCACGGAGAUCCCAGACACACCAAACAGAUGUGCAGGCGACUGGUGGUGUAGCUGUGGACAAUGUCAGCCCAUGGCUACAGAGGAAGAGUGUUUGUGUUGUCGGGAGUCGGACGUGUUUCGCCAAUGCCUCGAAAACUCAGAGGCAUGCUGUGUCACAGCAAUGGAUGACUUUCCGGCACUAAUAAACCCAGCUGUUGUACGGACAUUUUUUAACGUACCCAAAAUCAACUGGAAGAGAAGACCUGUUCCAGAGGGACCCGACGGACAAUUAUCUGCAAAACAGUGUAGAUUGGUGGCAUAUCGGAUCGUCUUGGAGUGGGGAUUACAAGGUGAGCGUCUGGGGCGCAAGGAGAGGAGAGUCAUGCCUAGUUGUGUGGUGACCACAAUUAGGACCAAGUACCCGUCCCCCACCGGCGAUUACAGAGGUUUUCAGGAAGCAGAGGAAUUAUUGAGAAUUAUCUGAUUUUGCAAAUAAUGUUAUGUAAAUAAUGUAAAUUUUUACCCUAGAAGGAUGUCAAUGUCAAUUUGGUAUACAUUUUAUAAAUAAAAAGUAGUUGGUAAGAUGUAUAAAGACUUGUUUAUUGACAGAAUUAUAUACAGAACUACAAAAAACAUGGGAAUAAUAAAUCAAAACAUUGGAUUGAGUACACAACAAAUAACAAAAUUUCACUGUGACUUGAACCGAGAUGUGGAUUGUUUCAACAGCUCUGACUUGUCAGGCCUAGGCACAGGGGCAAUGUUCUUUAGAAGCCUUUUCCGGCGAGGCGGAGGACGGGGCCAAUCUUCAAGAUUAAUCUCAUCCCUCAUCUUCAGAGUGUGGUCCAUGAGGGCUUGGUGGAAUAGUUGCGCACCUCUCUCAUACACGGGCCUAGCAAUCCACUGAUGACUGGCCUUUGAGUAGGCAAAUGCAAAUUGGGGUUGUCCUAUAAAACAAAAUGUAAUAACAAAUUAGGUAAUAACAGUGUAGGUGUACAUUGUAGGGUAUUUGCACAAAGCACAACAGAUUUAUCUAUUUUUGUUCUGUAGCUGACAUUCCAAAAUUUACUCAAUUUCACUUUCAGGUCUUAUUCAGAUCAUUUUAGGAUAGCAGUGAUUUUAGUAGAAGAUGUAGGCAUUUACCUUCUUUUGUUUUGGCCUGCUCCUUGCCAACAUUGGCGUUGUGGUCCAU